AUGAUGACAAGUACACUGAGGCGGCACAAGGGUUCUGGAGAGGGGCUUGCGGACCACAAGGACCGACUUGGAGCUCCUCUCUGCCCUCGCAGGCAUUACGAUGACGAGGCCGCCGAGGCAGCGCAAAGGUUUUGGAACUGUCUGUGUGUUCUCAUGCAAGAAAGGUGUUCCCAAAUGCUGCUGACAACCAGAUGCAAGUGGGUACCCGUGUGUUGCAAGGUGAACCUGAGAUGGCAACAGACAGCAAGUUCCUGGGCGAGUUUGACCUCAUCGUCAUCCCGCCAGCACCAAGGGCCACACACACAGAUCGAGGUGGACACCGUCGCCUAA